AUGACGUUCGACCCCGAAAUCUUCUUCAACGUGCUGCUGCCGCCGAUCAUCUUCCACGCGGGGUACAGCCUGAAGAAGAGACACUUUUUUCAAAACUUAGGAUCUAUUUUAACAUAUGCCUUCCUGGGGACCGCCAUCUCCUGUGUCGUCAUAGGGGUCAUUGUGUACGGCUUUGUGAAAGCCAUGGUGCACGCCGGCCAGCUGGGAAACGAGGACUUCCAUUUCACUGACUGCUUGUUUUUUGGUUCACUGAUGUCGGCCACAGACCCAGUUACGGUGCUGGCCAUCUUCCACGAGCUGCAUGUGGACCCCGCGCUGUACACGCUCCUGUUCGGGGAGAGCGUGCUGAACGACGCAGUGGCCCUCGUGCUGACGCAUUCCAUAUCCACCUACAGCCCCAGGGAGAACCCGAACGCCUUUGACGCCGCGGCGCUCUUCCAGUCCGUGGGGAACUUCCUGGGGAUCUUCGCCGGCUCGUUCGCCAUGGGGUCUGCCUUUGCAGUUGUCACGGCCCUGUUGACCAAAUUUACAAAGCUGCACGAGCUCCCCCUGCUGGAGACGGGCCUGCUCUUCCUCCUGUCCUGGAGCGCCUUCUUGUCUGCAGAAGCCGCUGGCCUCACAGGGAUAGUUGCUGUUCUCUUCUGCGGAGUCACGCAGGCUCAUUACACCUACAACAACCUGUCGUCGGAUUCCAAAGCGAGGACUAAACAGUUGUUUGAAUUUAUGAACUUCCUGGCUGAGAACGUCAUCUUCUGCUACAUGGGCCUGGCCUUGUUCACGUUCCAGAACCACAUCUUCAGUGGUCUCUUCAUACUCGGAACCUUCCUGGCCAUUUUUGUUGCCAGAGCCUGCAACAUAUAUCCCCUCUCCUUCCUCCUGAAUCUGGGCCGAAAGCAGAAGAUCCCCUGGAACUUCCAGCACAUGAUGAUGUUCUCAGGCCUGCGAGGAGCCAUCGCGUUCGCCUUGGCGAUUCGGGACACGGGCUCGCAGCCCAAGCAGAUGAUGUUCACCACGGCGCUGCUGCUCGUGUUCUUCACAGUCUGGGUGUUCGGAGGAGGGACCACGCCCAUGCUGGCCUGGCUGCAGAUCAGAGUUGGUGUGGACCUGGAUGAAGACCUGAAGGAAGACCCCUCACACCAGGAAGCAAAUAACUUGGACAAAAGCACAACCAAAGCCGAGAGCGCUGGGCUCUUCCGAAUGUGGUACAGCUUCGACCACAAAUAUCUGAAACCAAUCUUAACCCACGCUGGUCCUCCGCUGACCACAACGCUGCCCGAGUGGUGUGGUCCAAUCUCCAGGCUGCUCACCAGUCCUCGGGCCUAUGGGGAAGGGCUGAAGGCGGAGGAUGCGGAGUGCAUUGUGGGCCAGGACGAGCUGGCCAUGAGCCACCAGGAGCAGAGCUCCCCCGACAGGCCGGCCAGGCUGGGUCUGGGCAAGGAGGCGUCUCCCCAGACCCCCAGCACGGAAAACAUUUACGAGGGGGACCUGGGCCUGGGGGGCUAUGAGCUCAAGCAGGAGCAGACCCCAGGUCCACCCCAGCUGAACUGAUGGGCGGCUGCGAUCGCAGGUCGUGCGGGGCUCACGGAGGCGCCCAGGCCAAGCCGGCGAGGCAGCUGGGAGGACAGGCUGGAGAACGCGAGAACCAAGCCCUCGUCCUGUGCACCCUCUGGUGCCUGAAGAAGUGAGAAUUUAUCGCUGUUUCUCUAUAUUAUACAACCGAAUUUACCCUGUGGCAGCAGCCAUUUUUAUUAAGGAACCGGGCGUGGCGAGGAAGGUGGAGGGGCGAGUGCAGCGCUCCUGCCGUCUGCGGGCGUUUCUGCUCCGCGCGCCACCGGGCCCCUCACGUAGGGUCUGGAUUUUACUCCCUUCAUUAGGGAGAGUGUAGAAAUAAGAAAAAGAAUUUUAAGCAUAAACACAUUGCUCCUGAACUGAAGGGAAUGCCCGGUUACUUAGUAAUGAUAAGUUUCCAGUUUUUAGGGCCUAGACUCCCACCUGCUCUUAGUGAUCCCAAGGCUAUCUGCAGAGCCCAGAGAAGCCCUCAGGGCCACUGUUGGCAGCCUCACAGAGCCCACGGAACCCACGCCA